AUGUUUGCAGCAGAUACACGACGUUUCCUGGAAGACGACAAAUUUUUGAUCAAGUAUCAGAUCUUCAUAAAGGGUGUGUGGGUGAUAGUUAUCUACUCGUUGGAAGACACCGCAGACUCUCGCCAACGAAUCCUCGAAGAUGGAUACGAAAUCGUCGAAAUGGGUGACGUGCGGUUGCCCCGUCGGCCACGAAUUCUUAGCUUAAUUGUCUCUCUCGAUGAUGCUGCGGAGAUCGCGCCAGAAAAAAAAUUAUUCUCGUAUAAUGACCUGGCUGGGCAGACGUCCAUCAAACAUAAAGCUAGAUUGGUGUCGACCGAAGCAGGAAAGCACUUACUGCAACUUGUCAUCGCAUCCGGACAUAAUAUUUGCCAUGAAGCACCUUUCGAUGCAGUCCUAACGAUUGAGGAUUUAUAUCACCGAAAGGACGUUUCGGUUCAUGAGCUUUUGCAAAUACAUGACGUGGGUCACUACUGGGCUUUGCUUCAAGGUGCUGGAUUUACAACUGUGGAAAUCUUUUCUGCGCUCGAUAAAAGUGAAUUGAAAGAAAUCGGAGUGACAGCUGUUGGUGACAGAAUCCGAAUCAUGCGUGCUGUGAAAAAUUCGAGACCCGAGUUUGCGAAUCUGAUUUUUAAAACGAGUGAAGGAUUUAGCAGCAUUCAUGAUUGUUUGCGAAACCUCGGCCUGGGCGCUUUGGCUCCUUUGUUUAAAAAAGAAGACAUACUUUACGCCACUCUGAUUGACAUGGACGAAGAAGACUUGAAAGAUAUCGGAAUUACAGAAGAAAAAUAUCGCAAAGCCAUAAUACAAGCGACUAAAGGAAUUCCUGAGGAGGCUAAUAUGGAUCAACAUCGCUUUAACCCCAUUUACGACACUUCUCAGGACGUUUCAGUUGAGCAGCUUCUGCAAAUGCAUGACGUUGGUCACUACUGGACUUUGCUUCAAGGUGCUGGAGUUACAACUGUGGAAAUCUUUUCUGCAAUUGAUAAAAGUGACUUGAAAGAAAUCGGCGUGGCAGCUCUUGGCGACAGAAUCCGAAUCAUGCGUGCUGUGCAGAAUUCGAGAAGAUGA